CGCGGGACCGGGUGGGGGGCCUAGGGUGUACUGGGCUUACCGGCCGGAGCCAACUAGUUAUAGACUCGGGCUCCACGCCCUAGAGGGUUAAACCUUUUUUCAUGUUACCGAGCGGCUUAUAAGGAGGGGGAGGCCAAGCCUCCGCCUUAUUGAGAGCCUUUGGGGGUUUAUUCUCUUCCCUUCUAACUUGAUUAAGAAUGACCCAAAAGAAAUCAAAACUUUGUUCCACAGUCAAUGUGUAUACUCAAGUGCCUGAUGGAGGAUGGGGCUGGGUAGUAGCUGUUUCUUUUUUCUUCAUUGAAGUCUUCACCUACGGCAUCAUCAAGUCAUUUGGUGUCUUUUUUACCGACUUAAUGGAAGUUUUUAAUGAAUCCAACAGCAGGAUCUCGUGGAUCAUAUCAAUAUGUGUGUUUGUCUUAACAUUUACAGCACCCCUGUCCACAGUCCUGAGCAAUCGCUUCGGACACCGGUUGGUGGUGAUGGCAGGAGGGCUGCUGGUCAGCACUGGGAUGGUAGCGGCCUCCUUCGCACAAAAAGUUUACCAUAUGUACAUCUUCAUUGGGGUCAUCUCAGGUUUCGGAUACUGUUUCAGUUUUCUCCCAACUGUCACGAUUCUGUCACAGUACUUUGACAAGAGACGCUCAGUAGUCACCGCCGUUGCUUCUACAGGAGAAUGCUUCGCUGUAUUUGCGUUUGCACCAGCCAUCACGACCUUGAAGGAGCACAUCGGCUGGAGGCACAGCCUCCUCUUCGUGGGCCUCCUACAGUUGAACAUCAUGGUGUGUGGGGCCCUGCUCAGACCAGUUAUUAUCAGAGCACCAGGCUCUCCUAAAACCAUCUCUCAUGAACACCGCAAAGAAGUGCAAUAUAUGCUUGAAAAUGAGAAAACAAGAACCUCAAUUGACUCCAUCGACUCAGGAGUGGAACUAACUACCUCACCAAAAAAUGUGCCUAGCCACCCUAACUCAGAGCUAGAAUCCAGGGGGGACCAGCAGCAGACCCUAGUGGUCGGCUCCAAGCACAAGGAGAAGAAAGCCCCGUUGUUAGACUUUUCCAUCUUGAAAGAGAAGAGUUUUAUCUGUUAUGCAUUAUUCGGGCUUUUUGCCACACUGGGCUUCUUCGCACCUUCUCUGUACAUCAUCCCAUUAGGUAUCAGUCUGGGUAUUGAGCAGGAUCGUGCUGCAUUUUUAUUGUCAACAAUGGCAAUUGCCGAAGUGUUUGGCAGAAUCGGAGCUGGUAUGGUACUCAAUCGAGAGCCCAUCCGCAAGAUCUACAUCGAGCUCAUCUGCGUCAUCUUACUGACCCUGUCUCUGUUCGCCUUUCCUUUUGCGACAGAAUUUUGGGGUCUCACAUCAUGUAGUGUAUUCUUUGGGCUCAUGGUUGGAACUAUAGGAGGGACUCACAUCCCGCUGCUGGCUGAGGAAGAUGUGGUGGGGAUUGAGAAGAUGUCUUCGGCAGCCGGCGUCUACGUCUUCAUUCAGAGCAUCUCGGGGCUAGCAGGGCCACCCCUGGCAGGUCUGCUGGUGGACCAAAGUAAGAUAUACAGCAGGGCUUUCUACUCCUGCUCAGCUGGCAUGGCUGUGGCUGCCAUGUGCCUGGCCCUGGUGAGACCAUGCAAAAAGGGACUGUGCCGGACCCGUCGGUCAGGUGAAACCAAGACAGAGAGCCAGCAUGGGAAGACACUACAGGACAUACCUGAGGACUUUCUGGAAAUGGAUCUGGGGAAAAAUGAGCACAGAGUUCAUGCGAAAAUGGACCUAGUAUGACACAUUUUUGUGUGAUGGCAGCCGCCCUGUGGCCUGAGAAGCAGGGGAGCCUAGGGGAGAUGGGGAAGCAGAGAAGGCACUGGACGCCACUUUCAAGGGAAACGUAUGCGAAUAGCACUACCAACACCUUUCUUUUCCCUAAGUUUUCCUUUUUGCUUUUUUUUUUUUUUUAAAAACCAAACCAAACAAAAACACCCACUUUCCCCCUUAUAAUCUAGCUCUGUUCUGUAGCAAUACAAAGAUAUAUCUAUGUAUCUUUUGUUUACAAUGUUAAAAUAGUGACAUGAAUUGGGCAAAUGGUCACUGUAAGAGCACUGAACUGGGGGGUGGGGUGGGGGGGGAACUAUUCUCUGAUGAAAGGAAAUUGGCCAUUCCAAAUUAAAACCCAGUGAAGUGUUACAAAAUUUCCUAAUUUUCAGAAAUACAAGUUGUUUUUAUAAGACAAUUUGAGAAGAAGACUGAGGUUUCUAUGAACAAAUCAUGGCCUCUGAAUUUUUCCAAGUAUUACGUAGAAAGUAGUGGUGUUUAAAACCCAAUGUUUGAUUAAUAUGCAAAAAAUAAAACCACAUGACAGCAUAUAUAACUUGAACUUCAUAAAUGUGAAGAUUUCUUUAUGGCCAGUCAGCACCAGAUGUAUUUUGAUACAGAAGAGACUAAAUUACAUUAAAAAAUGUGUUUCCUGUUGCUUUUAAUUAUUCAGAAAUAUGUGAUUAUAGUGUCUUUAAUUUAAACCACUAUUUAUUUUUUAAGUUAUUCUAGGAUGAUUCAAGGUAAUCAAAAGAAAAAAAGAGUUAAUCUGCAAAAUGUUUUUUUUUUUUUAACCUCCUUUCCACAGUCCUUUAAAUGUCUAGAAGAAUCCUUCUUAUCUUAGAAAGUUAUCUCAUCAAAGGCCAAACUAUAAUGAUUCUUCAGUAGUUAAAGGCGAUGUGUGUUAUUUAAAAGGGGGAGAAAACAGACCACAAAUCGCCUUAGUUUUUAAAUGAUCAUUUGUUUUUAUCACCUUAAGAAUAUUUGAGGGUACUCUUUGAUCAGAAUCACAUUUCACUGAAUUGACCUUUUUGUUUUGAUAACUGUUAAAGUAUUUUGGUAUUUCAUUUAGGAGUAGCAGAGACCUUGAUGUUACCAUCACAGGUUAUAAGUUUUGCCAUUAACUUGACUCGGUUGUCCCCAUGUAUCAGGUCAUCGUUGUUUUAGAGUUACAGUACGCGCAUAGUAAAUCUCAUUCUCACAGUUUUCUGUAAAGGGGCUCCUGUGAGGAUAUGAUUCUUCUGCAUCUCACCCUGCAGGUGAUGGUCAAUGCUUGCCACUCCAUCUAGACUUGUCUUUACUAUUAAUUUAUGAGAACUCAGGGGGAAAAUACAACAAGCCUAGUUUGGUUACAGGUACACACAAGCUUGAAUAUUUCUCUGCACUGAAAUGAAAGUGACAUAUAGUUCAUCACCACCGGCUACAUUUUUUUUUAUAUAGCUUUUAUGUCAGCCAUAGAAAUAGGACAAUCUUUUAAAGCUUUGGGGAGGUGACAAAGGAAAUGACAAAGCGUCUGUCAAAAACAAGACACACCUAAAACAAGGUGCAUGUAGCAAAUCUCUGUCACUGCUUACAAAAAAGCUCUGAGCUGGUGGCAGUUUUGCAAACUUAACCUGACUUCAGCACUUUACAACCUAUUUUGUACUAUGAAUGUUCCAUACAAUUUAAUAUUUAUAACUCAUGUCCAAGGAAUCUGCUCUGUGUCUACUCUGUUAACUGCAUGAGAAAAAAAAAAUGUAUGCCAAUUCCAGUAUGCCAACAAACAAGGGUUUAAAUGUUUAGAACAAAAUGAAAACCAGAUUAUUGACUUGUUCUGUAUUAGCAACAUUCUGGUACUUCUAGAUUUGCAAUAAAUUUAUGGCUUCUUAUUUAAA